AUGGAGGGGGAAACCUGGAAAGGCGGGGCGAGACGGCGACGUGCCAGCUAUUGGCUGCUACGGCUGUCCAUCACGUGGAGGCGGGGGCGGCACCUCCACAGCCGACCAAUCCGCGCGGACAUUUGGGUCCGACUCCGCCCUACGGGGGCCGCGAGGGCGCGGCUGUGCGCGACUCUCGGUCGCCCCGAGGAGCGCGGCCUGGCGGGGCUCCGCGUUCCCCGGGCGCUGCGUCCGCAGUCGCUAAGCGCGAACGUUCGCACGUUCCCAGGCGACGGGGCGCACUGGCGCGCCGCGGCCGACGACGACCCCGGGGCCGUGAGCGAGCGGGCCGGGCCCCGGCGCACCUCCAGCCGUGGGAGGGGAGCAGCCGAGGCACUAGCUACAGAAGAUAUUGACGAAGCUAUUCAAUCAAUAUUAUAUAGAGAAAAUCAUACCAUUAAGGGAGUCGCAUUUAGGGAACAUUAUGAUCCAAAGGAGUACGAUCCUUUUUCUAGGAAGAAAGAGGACCCCACAUUUCUGAAGGUCACCAUGCCACCAUUCCGUGACCCUCUGAAAAAGGCGCAGUUUGACAGAGAUGAUGGAAAGAGAACUCUCCUUCAGUGUGAGACCGGAAAAAUAUAUUCAAUGAAAGAAUUUAAAGAGGUAGAGGAGGCCAUGCGGCUCUCCAGGUUACCGAAACUCUCGAGGUCACGGUGCUCACUGACUCCCUGUGACUGGUGUAAAAUAUCUGCAUGCUACAUAGAGAGUGAGCUCUGUCAGCGGAGCAGGUUACGAAUAAGAAAGAAUACUAAUGAAAGUACUUGUGAUCUGAGGCACUGCCCAAGUGAUCCUAGUUUUCCGAAAUCUCAGGAAGAGGAAACAGCAUUCAUGUCCAGAAACAGAGGGUUUUCCUUCCUGGAGGAAAUGCCCCUUCGCUCUCAGGAGGGAAAGAAACCAAGCCCCAGAGAGGUCGAGUCUGCAGGGCACCUGCCUUCCGGGAGCCUGGAGCAGCAGGAUGCGGUGCCAGUGCGCCGGAAGCACUUCCCUGCUCUCUGACGGAGAGACGAGCUGUGUCAGAGACGCCUGUCUCCUGUAGGAACCACGGGCGGGGGUGCGAAGGCUUCCGAGAACUGAUGUGUGUCCAAGAACACAGUCCAUAAUAAACUGUACUUAA